GCAGUCAUGCACAAUUGCACAUAACCUAUAAGUUUGUUUUCUUUUUAACUGUGUGGAAACACUGUAUGACUACAAAUAAUAAAUAAAAUAUAAAACGAAAAAAAAUCUCUUAUAAUGAGUCGUAAAGAAGCUUUGUCUACAUUUAUUCAACAAAUUCAUGCCAGACCUGUUGUUGUGAAACUAAAUAGUGGAGUAGAUUAUAGAGGUGUGCUGGCUUGUUUAGAUGGAUACAUGAACAUAGCACUGGAACAAACUGAAGAGUAUGUUAAUGGGCAACUCAAAAAUAAAUUUGGGGAUGCCUUUAUUAGAGGAAACAAUGUUCUUUAUAUAAGCACCCAGAAACGAAGAUAUUAGUUUAUGAUUUCUCUUGUAAGCAUUAGAAUUAGGACACAAUUAAAUUAGUAUAUUAUCUUAUAAAUUAUUAAAAAAUAAAAUACUUGACACAUUCAAAUAUAAUAAUGUAAUAUUAAAGCAGCGAAACUACACUUUUUUACUUUUGACGA